AUGUCGACUUCAUUUACUUUCUUUUCAAUAUUUCUGCUUCUUUUUCUUUUUUUCUUCACUUAUACUUCUUUUAUUUUCUUUUUUCUUUCUUUCUUUCUUUUUUCUAUUUUUACAACUUUUACUUUCUUUAUUUUCUCCAUUUCUACUUCUUUCUUUCUUUCUUUCUUUUCUCCAUUUUUACUACUUUUAUUUUUAUUCUUUCUUUUCUCAAUUUACUUCCUUUCUUUCUUUUUUCCUUUCUUUCUUUCUUUCUUUCUUUUCUCCAUUUUUACUACUUUUAUUUUUAUUCUUUCUUUUCUCAAUUUACUUCCUUUCUUUCUUUUUUCCUUUCUUUCUUUCUUUCUUUCUUUUCUCCAUUUUUACUACUUUUAUUUUUUAUUCUUUCUUUUCUCAAUUUACUUCCUUUCUUUCUUUUUCCUUUCUUUCUUUCUUUCUUUCUUUUUUCUCCAUUUUUACUACUUUUAUUUUUAUUCUUUCUUUUCUCAAUUUACUUCCUUUUCUUUUUUUCCUUUCUUUCUUUCUUUUUCUUUUUCUUUCUCCAUUUUUACUACUUUUAUUUUUAUUCUUUCUUUUCUCAAUUUACUUCCUUUCUUUUUUUUUUUUUCUUCUUUUUCUUUCUUUCUUUUUUUCUCCAUUUUACUACUUUUUUUUUAUUUUAUUUUUUUUCUUUUCUUUUCUCCAUUUUACUUUUUAUUUUAUUUUCUUUUUUCCUUUUUCUUUCUUUUUUUCUUUCUUUCUUUCUUUUCUCCAUUUUUACUACUUUUAUUUUUAUUCUUUCUUUUCUCAAUUUACUUCCUUUUUUUUUUUUUUCCUUUUUCUUUCUUUCUUUUCUUUUUUCUUUUUUUCUUUUCCAUUUUUUACUUUUACUUUUUUUUUUUAUUUUUUUUUAUUCAAUUUACUUCCUUUCUUUCUUUUUCCUUUCUUUCUUUCUUUCUUUUUUCUUUUUUUAUUUUAUUCCAUUUUACUACUUUUCUUUUUUAUUCUUUCUUUUUCAAUUUACUUCCUUUCUUUUUUUUUCCUUUCUUUCUUUCUUUCUUUCUUUUCUCCUUUUUUUACUACUUUUUUUUUUAUUCUUUCUUUUCUUCUUUUUCCUUCCUUUCUUUCUUUUUUCCUUUUCUUUCUUUCUUUCUUUCUUUUCUCCAUUUUACUUUUUUUAUUUUUAUUCUUUUUUUCUCAAUUUACUUCCUUUCUUUUUUUUUCCUUUUCUUUCUUUCUUUUCUUUCUUUUCUCCAUUUUUUUUAUUUUUUAUUUUUCCUUCCUUUUCUUUCUUUUUUCAAUUUUGUUUCCUUUUCUUUCUUUUUUUUCCUUUCCUUUUUCUUUUUUUUUUCUCCAUUUUACUACUUUUAUUUUUAUUCUUUCUUUUCUCAUUUUUCAGGAAACUUUCUUUCUUUUUUCCUUUCUUUUUUCUUUCUUUCUUUUCUCCAUUUUUACUACUUUUAUUUUUAUUCUUUCUUUUUCAAUUUACUUCCUUUCUUUCUUUUUCCUUUCUUUCUUUCUUUCUUUUUUUUCCAUUUUACUACUUUUAUUUUUAUUCUUUCUUUUUCUCAAUUUACUUCCUUUCUUUUUUCUUUCUUUUCCUUUCUUUCUUUUCUCCAUUUUACUACUUUCUUUCUUUUUCAAUUUUCUUCCUUUUUUCUUUUUACUUUUAUUUUCUUUCUUUCUUUUUCUUUUCAAUUUUACUUCCUUUUUUUCUUUCUUUUUUCCUUUCUUUCUUUUUCUUUCUUUCUUUUCUCCAUUUUUACUACUUUUAUUUUUUUAUUCUUUCUUUUCUCAAUUUACUUCCUUUCUUUCUUUUUCCUUUUUUAUUUUCUUUUCUUUCUUUUUUUUCUUUCUUUUCUUUUAAUUUUUUCUUUUUUCCACUACUUUUAUUUUUUUUUUCUUUUUCUCAAUUUACUUUUUUUUUUUCUUUUUUCUUUCUUUCUUUCUUUCUUUUUUCUCCAUUUUUACUUUUUUUUUUUCUUUUCUUUCUCAAUUUUUCCUUUUUUUUUUUUCUUUCUUUCUUUUUUUCCAUUUUUACUCCAUUUUUACUUUUUUUUAUUCUUUCUUUUCUCAAUUUACUUCCUUUCUUUCUUUUUUCCUUUCUUUCUUUCUUUCUUUCUUUUCUCCAUUUUUACUACUUUUAUUUUUAUUCUUUCUUUUCUCAAUUUACUUCCUUUCUUUCUUUUUUCCUUUCUUUCUUUCUUUCUUUCUUUUAAUUCCUUUCUUUCUUUUCUCCAUUUUAACUACUUUUAUUUUUAUUCUUUCUUUUCUCAAUUUACUUCCUUUCUUUCUUUUUUCCUUUCUUUUUCUUUUUUUUUUCUUUUUUACAUUUUAUUUUUAUUCUUUCUUUUUUCAAUUUAUUCUUUCUUUCUUUUUCCUUUCUUUUCUUUCUUUCUUUCUUUUUCUCCAUUUUUUACUACUUUUAUUUUUAUUCUUUCUUUUCUUUCUUUUCUUUUUUUCUUUUUUUCUUUUUUUUUUUAA